AUGACGACCCUGCAGAGCCCGUCGAUUUUGCUCCAGCCUAUUGACAAAUGGACUCCAGAACAUCUUGACUUUCUGCAGGUGGAUGACGGCCAACCUUUUAUGUUCCUGAGCAAUAUCACAGUGGAGACCGAUCAAGCUGACGAUGAAUUUUUGGGAUACUUUUUGAUUCCCACUCAAGAUGUGCUCAACUUCCUCCAUCACCGGUCCAGAAAUCGAACAAAUCCUUUCCGUUUGACUUUUAGCUACCUCCAUCGCGUUCUCGACGUCGCGGACGAUCCUCGCCCACAGAUGGGUCUCAUCGAGUCUCUUUUGGAGGUGCUGUUGAGUUUCAGUCCUAGGCGGACCAGACUAGUCACAAAAAGAGCCGAAUCUCUGAAAUUUGGAAGCCUGCGAAUCAAGUGCGACGGACUUUUCAAGCAAGACCAGUGGACACUCGUCCCGGUGGCGACAUUCUUGGUUUUGAAGGGGUCUGGUGACAACAAGAUUCGUGAAACCCAACAAAUCCUGGCCCAAGCAAUUCUUGCGUUCGCUCAACAACCCGAGAUGGAUGAAUUUAUUGGCUUUGUGGUUUGCUCCACCGGAACAGCGUUGUACUUGGCUGGCGCCCACAUCACCCGGGGCUACAUCGAAUCUCUUCGCAAAUAUCAACGACCGAGUCUACGUUUCCAAGUCUGUCGCUCCGCAACCUAUGAUCUGAAGAUUCCGGAUGGUAGGAAGGACGUAGCGAUGCUUCUGCUGAGAAUGCUGAAAUACUUGGACGAGAGAAAACUGCCAUGA